AUGCCACACUUUUGCUCAGAUCGACUUAAAAACAGCUCCGGAUUGGAGAGAAUUGGAUGCGAGGAGAAGCUCAGGCUACUUCAAGCAACUGGAGAUUUAAAGACAGCAAAUCACCUGGAGAACCAGCUUUACUUGACUGCCACCAUGUUCCGAGGAUCUGAGACUGACGACAUGUUCCAGACUUCACAGGCCGACGAUUUAAUGAUUCAGCUAUGGAGAGCAACAAGGGAGCCAAGAAACUUUUCCUUUAGCAACAUGGACCUGGAAGAGCUCCAACAGGAAUCUGAGGACCUGCAGCAGGAGAUGACGGAGACACAGAGGGAGAGACUUCAACUUCUUGCUUUACACCAUAAGAACAGAGGGGAGCUGAACAGAGAGAGGGAGAAUACCAACCUGAUGCAGAUGGCCUUGGAGACUGCUAAAGAAAAACUCUUUGUUGCUGAUGAAAAGGUUUUGGAGCAGGAGGAGCUGAUAGAAGAUCUACAGCAGAAGUUCCGUGAGUACCAUCAUGAGGUAGCCUCCCUAAUAGACACCGUGAAACAACGUGAGGCAGCUGUCGCAGAGAACAACACCAUGAGAGCAGCAAUGGAGACUCUCAUGCAAAGUUUCAUUUUACACUGGCUGAAGGAAUACAACCUUAAAUCAGUUUGA